CGGCGUUCUUGUGUAUUGAGAGUGUGAGGCAAACACGUAUACUAAUCGUCUAAACUACAAAUCCUAUCAGCCAACGCAGCCAGAGAGAAAACUAUCAAGACUCUGCUGCCUCUACAAAUAUACCUUCUAUCCUUUCCUACCCACAAAACAUCUGUCCAAGAAAACCAUCAUGUCAGAUCAAGUUCAGCAGCCAGUUGAUCCUAAUGAAAACCCCUAUGGCUACAUGGGAUUGGCAAAAAAUCCCGAUGGCUCAAUCACACGCCUGUUUCAACCACCGAGCACACCUGCCUCGUCCGAUCCUAGCAGCCCUUUUCAUCUUUCAAAGGACUUGGACAUAAACCAAUCGAAGGGCACCUGGGCUCGAAUAUUCGUUCCGCGGAAAGCGUUUGAUGAUGAUGAUUCCUCCCCUAAACAAAAAUUGCCCCUCAUUAUUUAUUUUCAUGCCGGAGGCUUCGUCGCGUGUAGUGUAAAUACAGCCAGUUUUGAUGCUUUGUACACUCCAAUUGUGACUGAAAUUCCGGCUGUCGUAGUCUCCGUCGAGUACCGUCUUGCUCCGGAGCACCGACUUCCUGCAGCUUAUGAAGAUUGCUUCGAAGCCUUGCAUUGGAUCAUCAAAAACUCCAACGAUGAAUGGCUGGAAAAACAUGCUGACUUGUCUAAGGCUUUCUUGAUGGGCAGUAGCGCUGGUGGUAACAUAGCUUAUCAUGUUGGCCUCCAUGUAGCUGCGUGUGUUGACGAACUCCUGCCUCUGCAGAUCAAAGGUUUGAUAUUGCAUCAGCCAUACUUUGGUGGGAUCGAGAGGACUGAAUCAGAGUUGAGGCUCGCCAAGGACAGGGUUGUACCGUUGACAUUAACUGAUCUGUUGUGGGAUCUGAGCUUGCCAAUCGGCGUUGACCGCGAUCAUGAGUAUUGCAAUCCAAUGGCGAAGAUUAAGCCAGACCAAUUUGAUCAGGUCAAAUCUCUGGGGUGGAAGAUUUUGGUCACUGGCUGUGACGGUGAUCUGUUAAUAGACCGCCAGAUUGAGCUUUGGAAGAAAUUAGAAGAGAAUGGUGUACCGGUAGCAGGUAAGUUUGAUGAGGGAGGAUGUCAUGGGUAUGAGUUUGGAGAUCCCUCCAAGGCUAAAGAACUGGCCAUUACCAUUAAGGACCUCGUAGAAUCUACCACCACUUCUUGAAAAAGUAUGUGCUUGGGAAGUUAUUUUGAUCUUACAACAGGUCAAAAGCCAAAAAGUUCAGCUAAGCAAAGCUAGUACGCUGGUAUGGUAGAACUUGCUUUUCUAUUUGGUGGCUUAGUAGCUAAUUUCAUUUGUAUGCAUUACGAUGCAAUGCUACUUUAUUGUAUUGAUGCAGUCAUUGGAUAAAAGCCCAGUUUAUUACCAAGAUAAAAAAAAAAAAAAGAUUAAUGCCCGUGUCACAAUACUGUUUGAUGUAAUAAUAAAUAUUGCAGGGGUUAAUAUAUGGACUACUUUUGAUUACAUCAA